GUUACAACAAUCUGAUGGACCCCUCCUGCUCCUCUUCAGUGUGAAUAUUGAAUGCAGGGUAAAGGGGUCCAGUGAACAAGUCAUUGUACGUGUGCAGGUGUGUCAUAGCGUCAGAGGAGACGCUGUAAAAGGACAGCGUGCCGGCCGGCCAGUCCAGAAACACCCCAAUGCAAUUAGUGGUAGUGGUGCCUUCUCCUGAAUAUGCAACUUCAUCUAUAGCAAACGCGCAUUCUUCAUUCAAGUCAAUCAAUAUUUUUUAUUGUUCUCAGUAAGGGUUUUGGCCAACAACAAUUAAUAAUCAAUAAGGCCUCAUCACUCUCCAUGGAGGAGCAAAAAUGCUCAAGAGGCAAUUCUGUAUGCUGAAAGCCCAGGGAAGGCUCCCACUGGACCUCCCUCUGAGACCAAUGAAGGACUGGCUCCUGGCAGGGAAAAGAGUCUUCCUGGAGCGUGAGGCAGAGACAUGGAAGAGAUGGAGGAAGGUCUCUGUAGCUGAAUUGACUUGGGAUGCAAAGAGGGGCCUGGAAUUACAGGAAACAGAGAGAGUUAUCCUGCUCAGUGGCCAGAGAGUUCAGGAUGAAUUAAGGAUACCAAAUGUCAUCGUGGACACUGCUACCGACGGAGACAUCCAGCUUCUGAAAGAGGAGCGUUGGAAGUUAACCCGAAAAUUCUAUGAUAUGAUUGCGGAACUACCAAAGUCCUAUUUCGAAUCCACUGAGAGCCUUCCUGAGAUGUGUGGCAGAGGUCCUGAGGUGUGUAGCAGAGUGCCUGAGGUGUGCAGCAGAGGUCCUGAGGUGUGCAGAAGAGGUCCUGAAGUGUGCAGAAGCGUGCCUGAGGUGAGAAGCGGAGGUCCUGAGGUGAGGUGCAGAGGUCCUGAGGUGAGCAGCAGAGGUCCUGAGGUGUGCAGCAUAAGUUCACAGGUGUGCAGCACAGGUCCUGAGGUGUGCAGUGGAGUGCCUGGGGUGUCAAAUGCAGUGGGAGAGGUGUCAAGUGACACAAAGAAGACAGAGGCUACUGGAGCCCUUCGGAACUCUGGAAAUGGCCUGAGAAAGGUGGUGCAGCUAUCCAAUGAGAGCCGUCCUGAGGUGUGCAGCAGUCCUGAGGUGUGCAUCAGAGUGCCUGAGGUGUUCAGUGGAGGUCCCGAGGUAUGCAGUGGAGUGCCUGACAUGUGCAGUGGAGUGCCUGAAGUGUUCAAUGGAGGUCCUGAGGUGUUCAGUGAGGUGCCUGAGGCACCAAACGCAGUGGAAGAAGUGUCCAGUGACAAAAAGAAGACAGCGGCUGCUGAAAACCUUCUGGAAACUGAAAAUGUCCUUAGCAAGGUGGUGAACCCCAAAGGGUGGCUGAAGGAGGGCUGGGAAGAUCAGCUGCACCGAGACUUCACUAAUAUGAUUGCAAAACUCCCAAAGUCCUAUUUCAGAUCCACCGAGAGCCUUCCUGAGGUGUUCAGUGAGGUGCCUGAGGCACCAAACGCAGUGGAAGAGGUGUCCAGUGACAAAAAGAAGACAGCGGCUGCUGAAAACCUUCUGAACACUGGAAAUGGCCUCAGCAAGGUGAUGCAGCUAUCUACUGAGAGCUGUCCUGAGGUGAGCAGCGGAGUGACCGAGGCGUUAAACUCAGUGGCAAAGGUGUCCAGCGAAACAAAGAAGCGGAAGAAAAAUGGCGUUCUGCGAUUCUUCCGACGUGUGUGGAAGUUCUUCACAUGCACCAUGAGCCUCCCCAAAGAGGAGUGACUCAAGCACAAACACACACACACACAACUCUGGGCCACACUCUGCAUCUGAA